CGACACGAAAUCGGUGUCGUGCGUCGGUGGACAAGCGCGUGGACAGUGCUGGAGCGAGCUCGGUCGUGUACGUUCGUUCGUUAACGUAGCCGGCCUUUUAACGUUUCGUAACGCUCUCUGAGAAGCGAAGAGCCAAUUUCUGCGGUGUUAGUUGAAAAAAAAAAAAAAAAAAAACAAUUGAAAAAGGAUAAAUCGAUAAAAAUAGAGCUCGGAGCAGCAGCAAAUAAUAGGAACUCAUAAUCCGAAUUCUAUGAGUGUAAUAUACGUUUUAUUUUUCAUUAACGUUGUGGAACAAUGAACAUUGUUAAAAAGAACAUUUAGUAUAACCAAUGAACGAAUCACGGCUGAUGAUCGUUAAAAGAAUUGCUAAUUGAAAACUGAGGCCCAUUUGAUGCGAAAUUUAUAGCAACGAUUAAAAAUAUAAUUAAACCGAUCGAUUUGAUGACGCCGAAUGUGUUAACACGAAUUGAUUAAACGAACUAUAAAAGAGGCUGAAAACACGGAAGAACGCGCGACGUGCACCAUUUUCAUCGACCUUCUCGCUCUUCCUUUCACUGACGACUGAUCGCGGAUAUACCACUGGACCCUCCUGAAGAUUCUGCGCGGUAAAAGUCCACCAAGUACAACACACACGCGUACAAAUAUAACUAUGAGGUGCAUCGGUAAUAAUAGCUUGUAAACGGAGAGUGGAAGAAAAGGACACCGGUAAAACAGAGACGAGACGAGUGAUCCAGGAAAAGAGAACGUACAAUUCGCACGUACAGAAGUUCAUUCGAGGUAGGAGGAGAGAAGAGAUAUUGAGGACGAUAAAUAGGGGAAAACGAAUGAAAAUAUGACUGGACCGUUUCGUAAUUCCCGGACGGCGACACUCUUCGUUGUUUUCUUCGUUCACGUGGUUGUUCAGCAAAUCGCAGGCUUCCCUUAUGAAUGGCCAUACUUAUUUUCAUUUGGGAAUCCGGAAGAACCUGUUCCCAGGCAAACGUCAUUUGUUGAUAGCGGACCUGCCACAAGCGUAGCCAAAGAAUACGCCCGAGAGAGCGAAACUUCCAACGAAAGUUUUCGUUACGGAGAAUCUUGGAUGCCCGCGAAUUUUGACAAUGGCAAUCCCCCUGUGAAUGACAAAUCCCAAGAUAAAUUGACCAGAGAUUCGGAUGGAGAGGCUCACAAUGAGAAUGAUAGGGUUGGAUACGCCGAGGACAAUGGAGCAGAAGAUGAAAAUACAAAUGCAAGAACGCAGGACACGGAAGAUGUGAUCACCCAACUUAUCAACCAAGCACUGAAGGACGACGUAUUUUUAUCUCCGCAAAAAUGGGCCGAGACGUUGGCCAACGACCCGUUCAACCUGCCAGACGAUGAGAGUUUGUCCGUGAAAGUUCAAAAAACCCGAUCCCCCGCUAAUUCACCGAAAAAACCUACUCAGACCGCACAUUCUAGUGGUAACGACCGAAUUAUUUUUCCCGACAACACGCCAAAGCAAUCUUUGAACCCCAGCACCGUGUCGGUUCCCAAGUGCGAGGGCUCAACGUUUUGUGUCGAUGUGCCCUUCUACCCAUCCGAUAGCGAAAUCGCUGAAGCUCUAAAGGAACGUUAUUUCGAACCUAUCAGCGAGCCCCCAUCCAUCUCCGAAAGGAUUGGUCCAAUGAAUGAAGAGAAUGGACUUUGCGUAUCGACGGAAGAAUUAGUUCUUCCGAGAUCGGGUAUGGACGAUACUAACGAAUGGCGUAUAAUAUACAACAACGAACAAUAUGUGCAGUCGGUGAAAGUGGAAAAGUGUGUGUCACCAGACUCAGCGUGCAAUGUAAUUGACCGUAUGGCUACAGGCUACAAAUCGUCUUGCAAGCAGAAGUACAUUUACCGACAUUUGGUUGGUUUAGGACCUAACGGAACAACAACAUUACCAAUUAGUAUGCCAUCGAGUUGCUGCUGUCAGCUUGUACUGUCAAGUGACCCAAUGGUACGAUUAGGUAUCACUUCGGAUCGAAGGAAACGACAGAGCUUUUAUCCGGAUUAAAGUAUUCAGUAAAGAAACACAAAUGUGUAGAAGAAAGUGUGUGCAGUCCAUGGAAAAAACGAGACACGUCGAGAACUCCAUUGAAAUCGACAAACAAUAUAAUCCGACAUUCACUUUCUCUGUUCAUCGACGAUAAUUCCUCAAAAUAUUUUUUGUUUAUCGACCAAUAACAUCAUUUGAUUUUAUGCCUCAAAUAUUUCAAAUGAUUCCGAAUUUUUAUUUAGUAUACAAAUUAAAGAAAUGUUGUUUUUUCAUGCAAUGAUAAUCGUCGAGUUUACCCCCACGAAGUACUCAUUUUUGUCCACUUUUUAUAACCGUCUUUGAUGAAAUAACGAUGCAAUUUAUGCACAAAAUUAUAAGGAACUCGCUAACGUUUAAAUCUUAAGCAGCGAACGAUAACUAUCGGCUAUACUUUUACUUUCGUUAUUUUGCAUUCGUUAAGACGUAAUAACUCUAUAUUCUACUAUAUUCUAUACUCUAUAUUCUGCUAAUAGGGAUUUUUCGACAAAUAAGUCCAAUUUUUUUUUUCUUCUUAUAGUGACAUAGUGAAAGGGAGAACAAGAAACACCGACGUAUGUCUUUUUAUCUGAAGUUAAUCGAUUGAAAAUAAAUUCAAAGUAUUCUUUGAACCGCACGAUGUAUGCAAUUUUCACAUCACGAAAGCCAUUCAUUACAGCAUUUAAACUCUAUCGUGUAUAAAACUCUCAUCUUUGUGUUUUCAAAAAAUGAAAACAUUGUCAAUGAAUUCGCUGUGAAACGACUGGUUCGUUUACCGAACCUCCAUAAACGAAGUUUUAUUUAAUCAACAUUGUUGUUAAAACGUAUUGUGAUAUUAUGAUUAUUUCUGUUCAAUUUCUAAAUAUUGUAUAACGAAUAAUAACAUUUUCCCAUUUGAAA